AUGCUUACAAGGAACUCUUUAUACCUGCUUCUCUGGAUCCUGUUUGAUGGAGGUCUCCUAACACCACUUCAGCCACAGCCCCAACAAACUUUAACCACAGAGCCAAAAGAAAAUGUUAUCCACCUUUCGGGUAGACCAUCCCAUUUCCAACGAGUUAAACGUGGCUGGGUAUGGAAUCAGUUUUUUGUGCUGGAAGAGUACAUGGGCUCCGAACCUCAAUACGUGGGAAAGCUACAUUCUGACUUGGACAAGGGAGAGGGCACUGUUAAAUACACGCUCUCUGGAGAUGGUGCUGGCACUGUUUUUACAAUUGAUGAAACUACAGGAGACAUUCAUGCAAUAAGAAGCCUGGAUAGAGAAGAAAAGCCUUUCUACACUCUCCGUGCUCAGGCAGUGGACAUAGAAACCAGGAAGCCAUUGGAGCCUGAAUCUGAGUUCAUCAUUAAAGUACAGGAUAUUAAUGAUAAUGAGCCAAAGUUUUUGGAUGGACCUUAUGUUGCUAGUGUUCCAGAAAUGUCUCCUGUGGGUGCAUAUGUGCUGCAGGUCAAGGCCACAGAUGCAGAUGAUCCUACCUAUGGAAACAGUGCCAGAGUUGUUUACAGCAUCCUUCAGGGGCAACCUUAUUUCUCUAUUGAUCCCAAGACAGGUGUCAUUAGAACAGCAUUGCCAAACAUGGACAGAGAAGUCAAGGAGCAGUACCAGGUCCUCAUUCAAGCAAAGGACAUGGGAGGACAGCUUGGAGGACUAGCUGGAACUACAAUUGUCAACAUCACCCUCACUGAUGUCAAUGACAACCCACCUCGAUUCCCAAAAAGCAUUUUCCAUCUGAAAGUUCCCGAGUCUUCCCCUGUUGGCUCAGCCAUUGGAAGAAUAAGAGCAGUAGAUCCUGAUUUUGGAAAAAAUGCAGAAAUUGAAUACAACAUUGUCCCAGGCGAUGGGGGAAAUUUGUUUGACAUUGUCACAGAUGAGGAUACACAAGAAGGAAUCAUCAAAUUGAAAAAGCCUUUAGAUUUUGAAACAAAGAAGGCAUAUACAUUUAAAGUGGAGGCCUCCAACCUGCACCUUGACCACCGCUUUCACUCAGCUGGGCCAUUUAAGGAUACCGCGACAGUCAAAAUCAGUGUGCUGGAUGUGGAUGAGCCGCCAGUGUUCAGCAGGCCUCUUUAUACCAUGGAGGUUUAUGAAGACACUCCUGUGGGGACCAUCAUCGGAGCCGUCACAGCACAAGACCUCGACGUGGGCAAUAGUGCUGUUAGGUACUUCAUAGAUUGGAAGAGUGAUGGGGAGAGCUACUUUACAAUAGAUGGAACGGAAGGAACCAUUGCCACUAAUGAAUUACUAGACAGAGAGAACACGGCACAGUAUAAUUUCUCCAUAAUUGCAAGUAAAGUUAGUAACCCAUUAUUAACUAGCAAAGUUAACAUACUAAUUAAUGUCCUAGAUGUCAAUGAAUUUCCUCCAGAAAUAUCUGUGCCAUAUGAGACAGCUGUAUGUGAAAAUGCCAAAUCAGGACAGAUAAUUCAGAUAGUAGGUGCUGUAGACCGAGAUCUCUCACCUGCUGGGCAGCAAUUCUCCUUUAGAUUAGCACCAGAGGCUGUCAUCAAACCAAAUUUUACAGUUCAUGACUUCAGAAACAACUCAGCUGGAAUCGAAACUCGGAGAAAUGGCUACAGCCGCAGGCAACAAGAUUUGUAUUUCCUUCCCAUUGUAAUAGAAGACAGCAGUUACCCUGUCCAGAGCAGCACGAACACAGUGACUAUUCGUGUUUGUAGAUGUGACUCUGAUGGGACCAUCCUGUCUUGCAAUGUGGAAGCAAUUUUUCUACCUGUAGGACUGAGCACUGGAGCUUUGAUUGCAAUCCUACUCUGCAUUGUUAUACUCUUAGCUAUUGUCGUGCUGUAUGUGGCACUGAGGAGGCAGAGAAAAAAAGACACCCUUAUGACUUCUAAAGAAGACAUCAGAGACAAUGUCAUCCAUUAUGAUGAUGAAGGAGGUGGGGAGGAGGACACCCAGGCCUUUGACAUCGGGGCUCUGAGAAAUCCGAAGGUGAUUGAAGAGAACAAAAUUCGCAGGGAUAUAAAACCAGACUCCCUCUGUUUACCUCGUCAGAGACCACAAGUGGAAGACAACACAGACAUAAGGGAUUUUAUUCACCAAAGGCUACAGGAAAAUGAUGCAGAUCCAGCUGCGCCCCCAUAUGAUUCCUUGGCCACCUAUGCUUAUGAGGGGAAUGGGUCAGUGGCAGAGUCACUCAGCUCCAUAGACUCCCUCACCACAGAAGCUGACCAGGACUAUGAUUAUCUAUCAGACUGGGGACCCCGCUUUAAGGUCUUGGCAGACAUGUUUGGAGAAGAAGAGAGUUACAACCCUGACAAUGUUACCUAG